AUGGUAGAAUAUUCACUUGCUGGUGAAGGUGCUGGUGUAUUAAUUGAUCGUGAUUCAUAUGCAAAUCGUCAUUGGCCUGAAAAUGAUGCCUCUGCUGAAGUUUAUAAACGUUGUGGUUGUACCAUGAUAACAAAAUGUCCAAUACAUGAUGAUUAUUCAACAUAUAAAUUUCUUCUAUCUGAUCCACUUGCAACUCAAUCUGAUAUUUGUUCAUAUAGACAAGAACAACAAGAAUUAAAUCGAGCGGAAACUAUUGGCAAUUAUAUACUUUUUCAUGAGUUACUUGAUCGUUAUCCAUAUUAUUUUUUACGUGGUUCAUCAAAAACAGGUGAUACAUUUUAUCGACAAAAAGGUGCACGAUUUAAUUAUGUACCACCAUAUCGUGUAUGUGCAAAUGAAUUAUAUCAUAAACAAAAACAAUGGAUUUUAAAAGAACAAACAAAUGGAUCAAAAUCACGAGCAUCAUCAGCACCACCAACACCAUUACCACAAGAUGAACAUAAAAGAGCAACAGAUGAACGAAAUUUUCUUCCAGCAUUACCAACAAAGAAAAAUUCAACAGCUAAUCGAUCAGCAGCAAGAUCGUAUCAUCGUAAUAAUUAUUUUUAUGAUAUGGCUUUAUGA